AUGGGGGCACCACGGCAGCGUUGUAUUGCAAAAGGGAACAAGCAGCUGGGGAUGUUCUGGGUUACGCCGAACGUUGGCCGGCUGCACCGUGUCGUGGGACACGGGUUCCCGAAGCUCUACUCGCGACGCGUGGCCGCCUCAUGGUACCUCACGGGAACACCAGGAAUCCGCCCCGGUUCUCACCACCUACCGAAUCCCCCAGAGCAUCGCACAACCUUCGACGUGGAGCUGGCAGCGAGGAAUACCAGCACCAGCUUGCCCUCUAGGGGAUCAAGGACGGCCGCAUACGCCGGCCACUGUCCCGACCCGUCAUCCUCUACCGCGUCCUCCUCCGCUCCGUCUGGGCGCACAUCCUCCCUGCUCUUGCUCCCCGUCUUCGCCACCACCGUCAUCGCCGCGCACCAGUUCGAGCUCUGCAUCUGGCUCCUCGCCACGCUCUGUUUCGCCCCGCUCACCGCCGUGCUGGUCCCCGUGAUGGUGCGGCUCGGCCUGCGCUGGAUGGAGAACCGGAGCCCACCCACACAAAAGGCGCAACAGCUUCCAGCGCAAGCAAGCUACCGCGGUCCCUCACGCAAGGCCAGAGCGGCCUUCACAACCCUCCACUUCCUCUCCGAGAUUGUCUACCGCGCGUCCAUCCUCGCCACGGAAGUCGCACGCGCCUCCCGUUUCACAUCCAAACAUCAUCGUGCCGGAGGCUUCCCCAUUGCACAUGGAAGCUGA